UCCCCCUCAAGCCUUGGCGGCAGCGGCAGCUCGCGCGCACCGCUUGGGUCUCUUCGCUCCUGUGAGGCGCCGGGCUCGGCCAUGAACCGGUGCGCUGAGGCGGCGGCGGUGGCGGCCUCGGGACCCGGCGCGGGCGUCGGCAACGCGGGGCAGCGGCCGCCCAGAGUGCCCCGCCAGACGUCCUUCUUCCCUCCGCCCGUGCGCAACCCCUUCGUGCAGCAGACACGGCUGGGCGCGGCGAGGCGCAUCCAGAUUUUCUUUCUUGGAAUUAUCCUGCUUCCAAUUCGUGCCCUGUUGCUUGCAUUAAUUUUAUUACUGGCGUGGCUAUUUGCUGCAAUUUCAACAACAUGCUGUCCUGAAAAGCUGACCCACCCAAUAACUGGUUGGAAGAGGACAAUUACUCAGCCAGUCUUGAAGUUUCUAGGCCAUGCCAUGUUCUUUUCAAUGGGAUUUAUAGUUACCGUGAAAGGAAAGAUCGCAAGUCCUGUGGAAGCACCAAUUUUUGUUGUUGCCCCUCAUUCAACAUUCUUUGAUGGAAUUGCCUGUGUUGUGGCUGGGUUACCUUCUAUAGUAUCUCGACAUGAGAAUGUGCAGGUGCCUCUGAUUGGCAGAAUAUUGCGGGCUCUGCAACCAGUGUUGGUGUCCCGUGUAGAUCCAGAUUCUCGAAAAAACACAAUAAAUGAAAUAAUAAGGCGGGCCACAUCAGGAGGGGAAUGGCCCCAGAUACUAGUUUUCCCAGAAGGUACUUGUACUAAUCGUUCCUGUUUGAUUACUUUUAAACCAGGGGCCUUCAUUCCAGGAGUUCCAGUACAGCCAGUUCUCCUCAGAUACCCAAACAAGCUGGAUACUGUGACAUGGACAUGGCAAGGAUAUAAAUUCAUUCAACUUUGUGUGCUCACUUGCUGCCAGCCCUUCACAAAGGUGGAAGUUGAGUUUAUGCCUGUUCAAAUACCAAAUGAUGAAGAAAAAAGUGAUCCUGUCCUUUUUGCCAGUACAGUCCGGAAUUUAAUGGCAGAAGCUCUGAGAAUUCCAGUAACAGAUCACACCUAUGAAGACUGCAGAUUGAUGAUUUCAGCAGGACAGCUAACACUGCCUAUGGAAGCUGGGUUGGUGGAAUUUACCAAAAUCAGCCGGAAAUUGAAAUUAGAUUGGGAUGGGAUUCGUAAGCAUUUGGAUGAAUAUGCCGCUAUUGCAAGUUCCUCUAAAGGAGGAAGAAUCGGAAUUGAAGAAUUUGCGGAGUAUUUGAAGCUGCCUGUUUCAGAUGUCUUGAGACAACUUUUUGCGCUCUUUGACAGGAACCAUGAUGGCAGUAUCGACUUCCGAGAGUAUGUAAUUGGCCUGGCUGUCCUGUGCAACCCUGCCAACACAGAGGAGAUCAUCCAGGUGGCAUUUAAGCUCUUUGAUGUUGACGAGGAUGGCUUCAUAACAGAGGAAGAGUUCGCCACCAUUAUGCAGGCUUCCCUUGGAGUGCCUGACCUUGAUGUUUCUGGUCUCUUCAAGGAAAUAGCCCAGGGGGAUUCUGUUUCAUAUGAGGAAUUUAAAAGUUUUGCCCUAAAGCAUCCAGAAUAUGCUAAGAUAUUUACAACCUACUUAGACCUCCAGACGUGCCAUGUGUUUUCAUUACCAGAAGAAGUCCAAGCAACUCCCUCAGUCGUAAGUAAUAAAGUCAGCCCUGAAAGUCAUGAAGAGAGUACCUCAGACAAAAAGGACGACUGAAAGCAAACAUUCCUAAUAAGGAAAAUGCGGUGGCUUUUACUUGAAAUUUCAAAGGCAUUUACUCAUAGUAUUUUAUUUGUGAUUGAGUAAUGAUGUUUAAAAUAGAAAGCUUUUUUAUAAAAAAAUGAUAGAUUUUCUUAUUGAAAUGCUUCUAUUCACAUGUGUUUAUCAAGUAAUAUUCAUUUUCUUUUACAUUAUAUUUUGCUAUACUGAUGGGCUUAUUGGCAAUAAAGAUGUUUUUAUGGAUUUUCCAGGCUAAUUUGCAUAUCCAAAUGAAUGAAAUGGUCUCCCUUAUUUACUGAUGAGCAUUAAUCAAUGCUGCAAAAAGUUUUAAAAGUAUAAAUAAUUUUUCAUUUACUUUCCUCUAAAGAAAUAAGGUUAGCUUUAAUCCCUUCCCAUUCUAGAAAUAAGAAUGAAGAGUCUGAGGAACGUUGCAGAAUUUUAUACCUUUAACUUCACAGAUUCAUUUUUUCCAUUUGCAUUUCAGUUUCUUGGAUCACUAAACAUGGGGGGAUUGGAAGGGAGAGCUCCGCUAAUUAGAUGAGACUUCUUAAAAACUCAUAUUCUCUUGACCAUGCAUCCCUAUUGCAGAUUUCCUUAACCACCUGCUAAGGAGAUCAUAACCUUUUGCAUGAUCUACAGAUUGAGAACUUUGUUUUAAAGACAACAGCUAUGGCCAAAGGCUGUGUGGGAAUUGCCUUAUCGAAGGUAACAUUAAUUGCCUAACGAGAAAAAUUGUUUGCCACAGAGUUUAGUUUAAUUUGAGUUGGGUAAUUUAGAAUGUAGCCCUUGCCCAGUAAAUGAAUCAGAUUUACUUUAUUUAUAUAUUAUUAGAAUUAAUAUAUUUUAUCAUCUAAGUGGGAGUUUUAUUUUAUUGUGUCCUCUCAAAUUUUAGAGCUUGCCUGAAAUAUCUACAGGGAAAAUACGAAAGGUUCCAAAUUAUCACCGAAAGCUAAGGAAUCCAAAAACCUACUUUAUUAAUGCAAGACCACAAUUUAACCCCCAGGCAGGAAUUUAACGGUGAUAUUUUUUUCCUUUAGGUUAAGCAAUAAUUUCCCUCAAGUGCUAUUUUAUUAUAGUCACACAUGCUUACUAAAAAGUUUCAUCCUUAAGUAUGAAGGAUGAAACAGUAUGAUUGUUUGCUUUUUACAUAUCUUAAGCUAUUUAGACAGAGCAUUGAAUAAGCUGAAAACAAUUUCUUAAGUAAUUAGGAAAGUACAUCUUUAUAAUAUUGGUUGUCAUAUGCAAUUGAAUGUAUGUAUUACUCAGGUACCAUGAUUUUUAUCACAGAAAACCCACAUAUUAAUCCCAUUAAUCAUGAAAAGGUAGCAUUUUAAAUUACAAGCUUGCUGUGAGGCUCUUGAAAGUGAUCCCAUUGUUUUCCUGUUUUAAAGUAAUAUUUUAUGUUCUUUAACUCCACUUCUGCCAAUGUAAUAUUCCUAUUUUAUUAUGUUACUGAACAAACUUGCUACAUAAAAUUCUUGGCAAUUAAAAAUUCUGGUUUUGCCAUUUUGUCUCAAAUGUAAUAUACCUUUUUAAUAUCAUGGUUUGAACGUAAGUUUGCAUAUUUAUGAAUGUGAUUAAUCAUUUUUGUUUGCAUUUAAGCCUUAUGAAAUGUCAGACAUAAUUUUACUCUAAUGAAAGACUCAAAUUUUAGCCAAAGCAGCAAUAGUUAUUAUUCCUAAAGAAGUUGACUUUUGACUGGUAGGGUGUAUGUAAUAACACAAGUCAUGACUGUCAGUCUACUACCAACGAGGCCUCUACUUUUAUGCCAUCUAAACAAAGAUUUCCUUCAAAGAGUUUUUUCUCCUCUUAGAAUUUAAAGUAAGAAAUUAAAUUUAACUAAAUCAGUUAAAUGCACUGUGGUUUUAUAUAAUAGUUUGAAAAAACGAGGUUACUCCUUGAAAUGAGAAAUACUGGAUCCUAAGACCUAUAAAGACCAUAAAAAUUUCCAUCAGAACAGUUCUAUUGAAGGAUAACAGCAUACUGAAUGCUUAUAGAACAAGUUGCUUGCAUUAUGCAUAUUUAAUUCUCCUUUGCCAAUGCUUUUAGAGUGUUGGAAGGCUGAGUGUGAUCGCUAGUAGUGCUACCUCUAAUGGAUAUUUAAAAGAGCCCCUUUUAGAAGACACAUGGUCUGCUGUCUGCAUGAGGCACAGCAGUACAGAUAUCUGACUCCCAGACUCAGGAGCUCUCCCUUUCAGACUGUUACAGAUGCAAGGUGGUUAGUUGAUGCCAGUUAAUUGAUACACCAUUGACUGUAUUGGAACAAGUGGGCUCUCGACCACAAAGGUCCUUGUGGAAUUCUUAUCAAGGAAUC